UCGACACGGACGCGCAGCGCUUCUUCGCUCGCAACGAUAACCUGUAAACGGUUAACGGUAAACGGCCAACGAUUAACUUUUCACUCUCACGGCCACCGGCUCGGCUUAAAUCUGGCUUAAAUUUCGCAUACAACAAAAAAUACUACUUUUGCGUGCUAUAUUGUUUGUGAGUAGUGUUUGUGCAAAGAGCAAUGGUGCAACGAUAAUCUUUGGUAACGAUCAUCUCUGAAAUAAAGUAGAGGAGUACCAUUCAUCUAAUGGAAUACCCGUUGAACUUACCCUAAGCCUAAUCCAAAACAUAACAUUCACCAAAACGGGAUAAAGAAGAUAACGACAUUUCAGUGAGAGCACCCACCUGACAAUUAGCACCUGCACGCACACGAGCCCCCACCGAAUCAUGACGAGCAUCUCGACGCUACUGCACAGGAGCCACAGCAACGGUUACACGAGCAGCGGGAGCAGCAAUCACAGCCACAGCAGUAGCCUCUCACCGCAGUUGCCCGGCCAGGGCAUGGGCAUGGGCCUGGGCAUGGGCAUGGGAAUGGGAGUCGGCAUGGGAGCCACCACAGCACCAUCACCACCGCCGCCAACUGACCUCACCAUGCCGCCAGCAACUCCAGCUCCCUCUCCAACAGCCAAGCUGCAGCAUCAUCAGCAACACCAUCAUAGCCACCCCACCUCGAAUUCCCAUUCAAAUUCUGGAUCGCAUCACAGCAGUCAUGACCACAUUAAGCGACCAAUGAACGCUUUCAUGGUGUGGUCGCGGGGACAGCGUCGCAAAAUGGCCCAGGACAAUCCCAAAAUGCACAAUUCCGAAAUAUCGAAGCGCCUCGGUGCCGAAUGGAAAUUGCUCACCGAAGGACAGAAGCGUCCAUUUAUCGACGAGGCAAAACGAUUGCGCGCCCUGCACAUGAAAGAACAUCCCGACUACAAGUAUCGUCCACGGCGAAAGCCCAAGACACUCAACAAGUCCCCAGUUCCGGGCGGCGCAAAUGGUGGGGGAGUCUCUGGUGGUUCUGGCGGUAAUAACAGCAACUGCGGAGCUCCUGGAGGCGGCUCUGGAGGAUCGUCAUCGUCCGUGACCAAGGACAUGCAGCCACAGCUUUCGCCGCUGGGCCAGACGUUGCCCCAUCUGCAUGGCCACCAUCUGCAUCACCACCACCUCACGCACUCGCACCACACGCACCACCAGCACGCCCAUCCGCACCAUGUCCAGCUGGCGGCCGCCGCUGCAGCCAACACCCUGAGCGCCAAGUACGGCUUUGGGUCCCCCCUAGAGCUCUCCCUACCCCGCCUGCCCAACGUCUUCCCUGGCCUCGCCCACGCCCACUACCCACUGGACCCGACACUGGCUCUCGAUCUGCAGGCCCGCCUCCAGGCCAUGUACGCCGGCAGCAUCUACCAUCCGUGGCGCUACCUGCCAUUGAUCAGCCCGGAGACUCCACCCUCCCCGCCCAGCAGCAGCGGCACUGGCAUCUCGUCCUACGGCUGCGUGAAGUCGGCCAAAUCUUCGCCAGUCGCGGGAGUGGUUCCCCCCAGCGUGGCGACCACACCGCCGAACAUCAUUUGACCGACUCCAUUGCGCUUUGGCGCCGGCACCGCCGCUGAGCACGCGGUGUAAAUCUGGAGGAGAUCCCACUGAUGGUAGAGUAUAGUAGCAUCACAUUCACCCACGGUCGGUCACCUUGCACCCACCCAAAGCGAAAAAGUAUUCCUAGAUCCUAGUGCUAGUUGAAUCCUUGUGAGUUUUCCCUCGUUUUGACGGACGUCCAAGAAACUAAGCCUAUUAAAUCUUUUGAAUUGAAUAAAAUUAAUUUAUUUGUUAUUAUGGACUAUUUUGUUCAACUCUUUCUUUAGUAGACACAAAAAUUACGCGACACUUCCGUUGUUGACUUUAUAAUAAUUUUAGACGGUGUUCAUUUUUAGAGACUUUCAAAUUUGUUCUCAGAUAUGCACCCAGUCCAGUCCAAAUCGAAUUAAUCUAACUAAUCAUUAUUUGGAGCUCAUAAAAACAAAAAUCUUCAGAGCAAAACUAAGUUUACCCACUGAUGAAAAUGUGACUCACCCCACCCUAGUAUAAUAUUAUUUUAAUUUGUUUUGCAUUUGUUCGCAUUUACAUUUAUUUCUGAUCUUUUGAAUAAGCUUUGGUUUUUGAUUUUUCAUUUUGAAUGCUUUAAUUUGGUUGAGGCCCAAAGAAUGCCCAAAUGUUGUGUAAUAUAUACGUACAUAUGUACAUGUUUAUGUAUUAGAACACAACAACAUUAUUUUAUUGUGAUAAAAAAACGAGUAAAACCCUAAUUAAAAAUCAAAGCUGUAAGAAAAUAA